CGCGAAAGCGGCAGGCGGUGAGCGCGGGUAGCCAGCGAGCGCGGACAGGCCCUCCCCGGCGGAGGCCGCACCGCGCGGGCGGCAAUGGAGCGCGACUAGGGCCGGCGGGGCAGGCAGGAAUCCUAGGAGGUGCUUCAGUGAUGGGAUGGACUAGUUUAAGUGAUAGUCAUGAACUCUCCACAUUAACUGCUGCCUCCUCACCCUGAUUGAAGAGAACCUAGGUUGAGGGAGAAGGGAAGGAGGCCACCAUGAAGCUGAAACAGCGAGCUGUCCUACUGGUCAUCCUCAUCAUCAUCUUUAUCUUUACAAAAGUUUUUCUUAUUGACAACUUGGACACUUCAGCUGCCAACCGUGAGGACCAACGGGCCUUUCACCGAAUGAUGGCCAGCCUGCGUGUAGAGUUGGAUCCCCGCCUAGAGCAUACCUUGCAGUCUCCUUGGGAGAUUGCUGCUCAAUGGGUAGUUCCCCGGGAGGUGUACCCAGAAGAGACCCCAGAGCUGGGGGCUAUCAUGCAUGCCAUGGCCACCAAGAAAAUCAUUAAAGCUGAUGUGGGUUACAAGGGAACUCAGCUGAAAGCCUUGCUGAUACUUGAAGGAGGGCAAAAAGUUGUCUUCAAACCUAAGCGAUAUAGCCGAGACUAUGUGGUCGAAGGGGAGCCAUAUGCUGGUUAUGACAGGCACAAUGCAGAAGUAGCAGCCUUUCACUUGGACAGGAUCUUGGGAUUCCGCCGAGCCCCCUUGGUGGUUGGGAGAUUUGUGAAUCUUCGAACAGAAAUCAAGCCUGUUGCCACAGAGCAAUUAUUGAGCACAUUCUUGACUCUUGGUAACAACACUUGCUUUUAUGGGAAGUGUUAUUAUUGCCGAGAAACAGAGCCUGCAUGUGCAGAUGGAGACAUAAUGGAGGGAUCUGUUACACUGUGGCUUCCAGAUGUCUGGCCUCUGCAGAAGCACCGGCACCCUUGGGGCAGGACUUACAGGGAGGGGAAGCUUGCCAGGUGGGAGUACGAUGAUAGCUACUGUGACGCCGUGAAGAAGACAUCCCCUUAUGACUCCGGCCCCCGGCUCCUGGAUAUCGUCGACACCGCCGUCUUUGAUUAUCUGAUCGGCAAUGCUGACCGUCACCACUACGAGAGCUUUCAGGAUGAUGAGGGUGCCAGCAUGCUUAUUCUCUUGGAUAAUGCCAAAAGCUUUGGGAACCCUACACUGGAUGAAAGAAGCAUCCUCGCCCCUCUCUACCAGUGUUGCAUAAUCCGGGUCUCCACGUGGAACAGGCUGAACUACCUAAAGAACGGCGUGCUGAAGUCUGCCUUAAAGUCGGCCACAGCCCACGACCCCAUCUCCCCCGUGCUGGCCGACGGGCACCUGGACGCCACGGAGCAGCGGCUCCUGAGCAUCCUGGCCACCGUCAAGCAGUGCACGGACCAGUUUGGGACAGACACGGUGCUGGUGGAGGACAGGAUGACGCUCUCCCACUUGUAAUUUUAGGGGAACACAAAUGAAACUUCUUUUUACAAAUGAUAGAAAAACAGCACAAUUGAUUCUGGAUGGACCGACGGGCAAAGACUGAGGGCAGCACGCGGGGCCCGGUGCCAGGCAGCGGCUCUGUGAGAAGCUGAAGCGCUGACUGAAAGCGGCCCUGCACAGCCUCCUGCCGCCCUGGCAUCGCUCUUCCGGGGGUGUCAUCCUGAGUAACGGGCGCACAGCUGCAGAAGCUUGAAUUCCGGGCUGAGGAGGACUGCCUGCAGCCUGGGGUGGGAAUGAGGACACGAGAGGGCUCCGGAGCGUGCGUGCGUGCUGUGUGUGUGUG